UAUUAUUAUUAUUAUUUGUAGUGGGCAAAGAAAGUCACAUUAGUCAUAAACACUGACUUUGAGGAAUUAGAGCAGCUUCAUAUUUUGUCAUGUUACAACCACAAACUUUGAUGUAUUUUCUUGAGGUUUUAUGUGAUAGAUCAACACAAGCUUCAUAUAAUUAUGAAGCAUAAAGGAAGGUAUGUGGCAACCAAAAUCUUUCCAGAAAUUCUCAGCUGGAAUUGGACCUGGGGUUUGACUGCACGAUUCAGAUGUGCAUUUAUAUGUACAUCUGGAAGCAUUAAUAUGCUUUGAUCUACGUCAAUAUUGGACAACUCUACUGAACCAGUUUUAUACAUGUUUGACUAGUUUUUGCUUUAACAAAGGCUGAAUUACCUCCACAGCCAGGCUGGUUGACUGCUUUGCCUGGUACCGGGAUAGGAUAAUCUUAAUUGGGCCCCCUGUCCUCAGUAUUCUUUAUUAAAAUAAGAAAAAUGUCCAAUAGACAUAAGCUUCUCCCUCUGUCUUCUCUUCCAUCCUCCGCCCUCAACUGCAGACCAAUCGCGAUGAAUACUUCGCUUUCCUUGAUUUCUGAUCAUUGAAGACACGUGGUCCUACACGACUGCGCAGUUCUUGAGAGCUGAGCUGAUUGUUUAAAAGUCAACUUCUGAAUUAAGAAUGUUAAGAGAAAUACGGCAGGUGCUGAGGCUAAUCCAGCUGAUGGGAAAACAAAGGAAACGAUCUAGUUUAAAGAAUACUGGAGCAAUUUUAGUGCUUUUAUGGACCGAAAAGGGCUCGUCCCAUCAGAGGUUAAACUGCACUGUUGCAGCUGCUGGUUCCUGGUGUUUUGGAAUUGAAAUGCAAACCCUUCAAGCUGACCUGAAAAAGGUCCUGCUUCCCGGUGUGUGGCCUUGUCCUGAGCCUGAUCCCGAGGAGCUGACUGCCUUCACAGAUCUGUACGGAUCACUGAAGUUCCUGCUGAAUUUUCAGAUGAAAAAUCCAGGACAUUACUCGUCCAAAUGGCAGGUUCAUGUUAAAGCGUUUCUUCAGAUGUUCGGUUUGACCAAUGCUGGGAUAAGAAUCCAACUAAAAUUUAAAAUCCAUGGACAGAAAUCACAACAUGACUUUAGAGCUUUCCUCAUUAGUAAAGUUGCUCUUUCAGUCCGACCCCCUCUGAUCUUGGACGUCACUUGUUCUGCACAACCAUGGUGCGAUCAGAGAGGAUCGUGGUGUCAGAAAGGACAUCCUGUCGUCAGAGAACGGUUUCCUCUCAGCAUCCCACCCAAAGCCAUGGACCAGGGCCUGUUCGGAGAGCUCAGUGUCCAGAUUGUUACACUGCUGAGCCCCUGUGUGCUGCAGUACCCCCAUUUGCCUACGGAGCUAUCUCGCAUGCAAGUUCUGGUUUUCAGCCCCAGUAACGUCCCUGUUUCAGCUCCGUCUGGUUUCUUCCAAACCCUCCCUGUUGAUUUGGACUACCAGCAUCUGGGACUGGACAGAAUACACUGCUGCUCCUCCAAAGCGUCCCCUGAUGAUCCUGUGCACAGUGUUGUGUUCACUGUGGAGCAGGAAAACUGGGACGAUCCAGAGCGGGAACCCAGUCACCUCCCAGUUCAGCAGAGUCUCCUAGUCCUGCUCUUCUUACAGCAUAGUGACCCCUUCACCUCUCAGCUCACAGAUAAAAUGGAUUGUGAGUUGUUGUUAGAGCUCCAUCUAGAGGACAUUCUGAGCAACAACAGGCAGGCCGUCACAUCAGCUCUGCAGGCUGAACUUUUCAACACAAUGAAGGCUUUAAAAGAAAGAAAAAAGAAACGAGAGAAGCUGCAGUCAGCUGCUGAGGUGAUCGUCAGCUCCACCAUCAGCAUAGUGAGCAGCAGCAGCAACAUGGACUUCAGAAAUGCCUGCUUGAAACACAUGAAGGUUCGUGACACUCAUGAGUUAUCAGCCUCCCUCAGAGAGUCCCUGUGGAGGGUAUCGUCAUGGAAACGGCUCCCUAAAGUCGGGUGCUAUUCUGCUCAGGUCGAAGGUCAAGCUGCGAGUAACGAGGUCGUCAGAGCUGAAAUCUGACAGUUUUUUUUUUUUUAAUUCUGGCCAGGAAUUAAAUUGUUUUUUUUGGUUAAAGGGACAUGUUUGUACUGCGAAUAUUUAGUGUUUCUAGUACUCUAUCGGAAAUAUAUAAUUUACACUACAGUAUAUGUGAAUGUGACUUUUUUUUACUGCUUUACAAUAGAUUGAAAUUUAGGAUAGAGAUCUAAUUAAUCGCAAUAAAGAUUGGCUUUGACUUUUCUAUGAUGGUGGUUGCUUUAAUAAAUGUAUGCAAAACAUUGUCAGCAGUUGAGUUUAUUUUAGGUUGAAAUAAAGUAGAAAAAAAUAUCAGCAUAAACUGCUGACCUGAAAGUAAUUCAGCAGAGAAAGUAUCCAUGAUGGGACUGAUCUUAAUAUGUCUGUUGUUCCAGUUUUUUUUUGUUUGUUUGUUUGUUUUUUUUGUUGUGUUGUUUUUUUUUUUUUUUUUGGAGACAAUGAUAUUUUAUAAUAUUUCACAACAUUACAGAAACUUAAACUAACCCAUAUAUAUUAAGGACUAAUUUAAAAAUACAAACCCAUUAAAAAAAAAACCUUAAGUCUGUUUUGUUGACUUUACUUUUACAUUUUUGAAGUGUGUGAUUUUUUAAUGGAACAACAACAUAGAAAACUUUGUCACAAAUUGAAGGAAGUAGGGAUUUAAAUCCAUUGAUGAAAUAAUGAGAACCUGAGUGUCAUGAUCCGUGUUUCUGUGUGUUUAUUUUUGAGUUUUUCUGUGAUCCUGUUCCCUGUGAGUCCUGUCUCUG